UGGGUUUUGGACAAACAUUUUGGGGAAUUAUCUUCGAGGCUUGUUGGCAACACUGAAAGGAAACGAAAGUAACUCUGCUGUUUGUAAGACAGACAUGGCUGGUGCUUCUGCUGUUGCUGAUAGGGAUCCCAUCAAGGAUCUCUGUGAGGAAGCCACCUGUUCUGUUUGCCUGGAAUAUUUCAAGGAUCCAGUGAGCACAGAGUGUGGGCACAAUUUCUGCCAAGCCUGCCUGACCCAGUGCUGGAAGGAAUCUGGCUUUGCGGAGAUCUCCUGUCCUCAGUGCAGAGAAAAAGUUUUGCAAAGGAACCUCAGGCCCAAUCGGCAGCUGGCUAAUGUGGUGGAGAUAGCCAAGAAACUGAGUUUUCAGGGAGGAAGGAGCCAGGAGGCAGAAGAAAAAUGGAGAGGCUGCAAGAAGCACCAGGAGCCCUUCAAGCUCUUCUGUACGCACCACAGAGCUCCCAUCUGUGUGGUGUGUGACAAGGCAAAGGAGCACAAAUAUCACAAGGUGAUUCCUCUGGAUGAGGCCUCGAAAGCAUACAAGAUUGCAACAGAUCCCUGA